AUGGUGUUGAUUGCGGCUGUUUUAGGCAGUCCAAUAGUCCAUCUGCUGUCUUCUAGUUUAAACUCGGUGAAGUCGUUCGUCUUCUUCCUACAGCUGCCUUGGGAAACACGAGAUGCAAUCUGGCGAUUAUGCCUCCCGGGCCCUCAGAUAGUAGAAUUUGAUCGUCCGAUCUGUGACAAUGAACCCUGCCGUGGAUUUUGUGGGGUCCAUCAUCGCUAUCACCUCCGACUUCCUGCCCUUGCAGCUGUGUGCCAGGAGUCACGCCUGCUGGUUCUUCGAGAAUAUUACAACCCUGAGGCGGACGCCGAGAUCCCGCGACCGUACUAUCCUGCCGCAUACGAGCACGUUGUCUUCCAACCGGGAAUCGAUAUUCUGCAUUUCAACUGGGACGAAGGAGACCUGGGCGCAUACAAUCUCUGGAACGACGAGGACAACGCAAUCCCAUAUUUUUGCGCGGUGACUCGGAAAGCAGUACACAACCCGAUCUCCAUCACUGACCGACACCUCCGGCAGGAAUUCGACGAACCCUUCUUCGCCGGCAACGUUCGCGUUGCCGCACUGGACAAGUAUGCAAUGCGAGACCACUGGUUGGUUCUAAUACGGACUGUCAGUUUUGACUUCAAGGACGACGUUGAGGCGCUGCGGUCCGGGUUGUUCGGGGAAUUCGAGCUGGACCCUGUGCGCUACGUCGAUCCUUAUGACUCAGACACCCUGCACCGUUAUCAUCAGCUCUGGCAGACACAAAACCCCACUGGCAUCACCACCUGCAACACUACUGUUCCUGUCACUCCGAAAACGCCAUGGACCCGAGAGAUCCAGUAGGCGGCUGCCGCAGAGUUUUUCGCGCUUCUGGAAGAUUAUCAC